UUUAUUUUCAAGAGGCAUAUCAAUUACAUACAUCCAGUCUUCCAUGAAAAAUAAGAAGAGUAUGCUGUAAAAAAAACGUCUCAUGAGAACUUAGAAUCACCAGCAUUACUGUCUAGUAGGCUACAUGUUUUAAUUGCCAGUACUGAGAACAUGCCAGUUGAGACCGCGUGUAAUUCGCUCGUGUGUGUGUUUCUCGUGGGAUGGGUUUGCAUCUCUCGACUGGUCUGGGAGUGAGCUGACCGCCCCCUCCGCCGGACUCCUGCUCUUUAUCUGCAUUCAUACUGAGAGCGUGCAGCACAGGGCACAGGGCUGAGGAGCGCAGGAGCCAUGGCCGUGUUCUCAGCGCUUCAGUUACUCUUCCUCUUCCAGCUGCUCACGUCGUCUCUCGCUCAGCAAAGGCCAGGUCCUCGGGGUGCACCUGGAGUGCCAGGGCCGCCGGGACCCCCAGGGAAAGACGGCAUCGACGGUAAACCUGGCCCUGCUGGACUUCCUGGAAAGCCUGGCCCGAAGGGUAAAGCAGGUAAACCUGGGGCCGCAGGGAGCCCGGGACUGCCUGGCCUCCCUGGUGUGGAUGGUUUGACCGGUCUGGACGGUCCAGCAGGCAAGGAUGGGCCGCCAGGAGCAGCAGGUGACCCAGGACCUCCCGGACCGGAUGGACCCCCUGGCAGAGGCAGACCAGGAGCUCUGGGUCUUGCUGGAGCUAAUGGACUUUUCCAGGUGGACCAGGACCUAAGGGUCCGCCGGUGA